AUGUGUGACUGUUCAGACCAGGCGCUGUUGCUCGCUGUGGGUCUGUCUGUGGGUCUGCUGUCCUCGGUGCUGCUGCUGAUUCUGCUGAUGUGCUGCCUGAGGAUGAGGAAGAACAAGCAGGAUGAAUAUCAGGAGCUGAUCAGCAUGGUGCCAUCGGUACCUGCUCACUCUGCUCCAGUCAUCCCUGUCUCUCAGAGUGUCUGCAGGCCAGAUGAAAUCCCCUUUUCUUUACCUCCUCGCUUCAUUCCACAAAAUGCUGAGUUUCUGAGGGAUGAUGAGAGCGAGGAGAAGAAGUUGGAGACGCAGCGAGACGUUCUGGCUCACCGCGGCUCGCUGUCAGUAAGAAGUUGGUACCCUGUGGGGUCGCUGCUAACGGGGCUUUACUCUGGGACCCCUCUGAACGAGGUGGUGCCCCCCCCUCCGGGUAUGGCCACCCGCCUCUGCUUCUCUGUAGAGUAUCAGCACAGCAGCGAGCAGCUGGUGGUCUCCUUGCUCCGCCUCAGCAACCUCCUUCCCCGUUUCCACAGCAACAAGACGCUGGUCGAGCUCCGGCUUCUGCCCGACGACCGGAGGCCCCGGCAGGCGAAGGCCAGGGCCACGGGGCCCGACCCAGAGUUUAACGACCGCCUGAUAUUCCAGGUUUCAGCAGUGUGUGUGUUCCAGUGCACCCUGAGUGUGUGUGUGCUGAGUGUGGAGAAAGACGGGAAACGACAUGCUGUAGGGAGAGUGCUCCUUCCCCUCGAUGGGGAGCUGAGUCAGGCCGGCAGAGUGCUGUGGAAGGACCUGGAUCCCGAGGAGGAGACGCAGGGUUCAGAGCUGGGAGACGUGCAGGUGUCCCUGAGCUACAGUUCGUCUCUGCAGCGCCUCUCAGUGGUGGCUCUAAGAGCUCGGGGCCUUCAGCUCCUCACAGAUGCUGGCGUGUGCGUCCAGGUGAGCUUGCAGAUUCACACUCAGGCGGUAAAGACGAAGCGUAGCUGUCUGGUGAGAGCAGAACAGGAUCCCAGCUUCAACUACAGGAUGACCUUUAAACUGCGACCGCAGUGCUUGGACGAUGCCUGCCUAAGAUUUGAGCUGCAGCAGCCGAACGACAGCCGCAAAGAGCCUCCAGCCAUCCUGGGAGUUCUGGUUUUGGGUCCCUUCAUGUACGCCAGGGGUCUUCAGCUGCAGCACUGGAUGGACAUGAUCAACAAGGCACAAGAGCCGGUGAAAAUGUGGCACGGACUGAGCAGGCCGAUCUGA